AGAUGUGUAGUAAAUGUAUUAAAAUUAUGAUUUAAUGAUGGUACCUUGAUGACUUUGCAGAACUAUACGAGAUGGUGUUGGAAGAAGGGGAAGGGUCCACAAGCAAAGGAGUCCACAGUGGGCUUGUGUUGUUCAGAAGGGAGUAUAUGGCUAAACGAGGUGAGAAGUGUAAAAACGCAAGAGAAGAAAAAAUUGAAGUGGGGAAGGCAUGGAGGGCCCUGAGUGAAGAAGAGAAAGAUAGGUAUAAUGAGAGGGCAAGGAAAACGAAGCCACAGAAAGGUGAGAAGAAGAAGUAUGAUGUUCCCUUGUACACCCGGUGCUCAUUGCCCGGAUUUCUAUCAUUGGCUGAAUAUGUGAAGAAGAACAGGCGGUUGAGGCAGAAAGUUCAGAGGAUGGGAUUUGGGAACUUGCUUAAUGUGAAUGUGAAGCAACUUCCACGUGAUCUACUUGUGUCAUUGUUGAGAUGCUAUGACCCACCAACGCAUUUUUUGACCAUUAGAGGGCAAGGGCAGGCAAUUGAGGCAAAAGAUGCGCAUGAGUUUCUAGGUGUACCUGACAGUGGGGAGGAAGUGAAAUCUGAUGUUAGUGAGGAUGACCCGGAAUACAAGAGGUUGAAGGACACUUAUUGGAAGGUUCCAUUUACCCAGAUACUGAAGAGGAUAUUAUCUGGGGAAGAAAGCGACAAUUUUGAGUUCCUAUUUAUGCUUUAUACAGUUGGAGCUUUUCUAUGUCCUGGGUCAAGCACAACUGUACAUAUACGUUUGUUGAAAGUGAUGCGUCACACGAUGAAUGGGUUUUGGAAAUAUGAUUGGUCAACGUACAUAAUCAAGAACCUGUGGAAGGAAAUGGGAGACUUUGUGAAGAUGACAAAGAAGAAGAAGAAAGGAACCUGCAAUGUUGGAGGGUGUCUUUAUUUGCUGCUGCUGUAUUUUGUUGAGCGUUUCCCGCUGGGAUUGUCUGUUGACCGGGGUUCAACAAGCGCCAUUGAAUAUUGGACCGAGGAGAAGAUAAAGGAGAGGGUGGAGAAAGAGAGAGGCAGCAGCAUGGGAAUAUUGCAUGGAAGCAGUGGCAGCGAGGCAUUGAAGGAGUUGAGGGCUCGUUUUGUGAAGAAGCUUGAAGAAAGCCAGAGGACGUUAAUGAAGGCUCUUGAUGAUGAGCUACUCAAAUUGCAGAUUGGAUUGAACGCCAAAGUUAAGGGGAUGGGGAAUGAGAAUGCCACUGCUAAAGAAGGGGUUGAAACAGUUGGUGAUGCAGCUGGUAACGAUGCUGAAGAAGCUGAUGAUGUUGACCGAGUGGUGGAGGAGAUUGCAAGAGAGGUUGCAGCGGGAAGUGCAGAUGAGGAACUUGAUGAGGAUGAAACCAGCAAAGGAGAUGAUGAGAAGGAUGAGGAUGAGGAACAACAUGACCUUCAUGACAGGGAAGUCAGUGAUGAUUACAUGGUUGAGGAGGUGGAAGAAGAGGGUGACCGUGAUGGUCAUGGAGUGUGCCCUGAAAAUGACAGCAAUAGGAUUGAAAAUGACAAUAACAUACAUGGGAAUGACAAGUAUUGA